AUGGCACAGUCAGGUACUCACGCGAUGUUGGGUGGAGCUCGACCGCAGCGGCUGCACACUUCUAAGGACGAGUUGUCGCAUCAACAUGCGUUUGACGUCAUCUGGGGAUCACACAUCGGUACGGGAAAUAACUUCAAGUCUGUGAUGGGAAGGUGCUUCAUCGUUUUUGCUCGUCAGGUGCUGAGGGCAAGAGUGACAUAG